CCGUGGUAUGCAUCUGACUCAGUGUGUGGCUGGAUAGUACUUCCCCGGCAGAAGGGUCAGGAGUUUUUAGUCAAGCUGUGGCUCUGUUUUGGUACUUUGACAUGCUUUUCGUCCUUGCUUUUUAUCCACAUUUCCUUCCUUUCUAGGUCUAUACUACAUUUACUGUAAUGCUCCGCCAUGGCACAGAUACUUGACGUCGUGCCCGUGGGAUGGCAUGGGAUGAGACACCACUCGUGGCAAUUUGUAUUGGUCGGUUUUCUGCUUGGUUCAGUUACUAUUGGAUGUGUGUACGCGAUUCAAUCUGCGGUGAGAAGGUGCCUCAGCCACUACCAGUCGAGGACAUGCUCAGAGACUACACCAGAAGACAUAUCCCGCAAGCUGGACAGACUCUCAGGGCGCCACUUUGCUUUGGGGAACUUACAAGCGAUUAAGCAUAAACCAUCGUCCUUUGGUGCUUAUCUAGGAAGUUUCUGCACACCCGUAACCGAGUUGCAAUACAGAGUUCUAAAUCAAUGGGACCUCAUAAUCGUCAAUCCGUUUCAAUCAGGUGUUAUUGAUGCUGUUUCCAACUUUGGAACAAAGCCAGUACUGGGAAGGAUGGAUCUGGAUCUAAUCAUCUUUCGAGGACAUUCAACGCUCGCUGGAAUUGAGAAAAUCGAGGAUAUCCUCUUCGGUGCCUUUUAUGGCAGAUCAUUUAGUGGGAUCCUGUUUUCAAAUUGGGAGCGCAAAUUCCCGCGAGCUGUUUGGGUUAGGUUGCUUGAGAUUAUCAAAGACUUCGGAUUGACAAUCUACCUGGAAACAUGGCCACCGAAUUUCUUGGAAAACAAAGGUCAACUUCGAACCAAUGCAGUCUCUGGUCUUGUCAUCAGGAAUGCGAGCAUCUUGCCAAAUGGAGAGAAGCGUGACUAUUUUGAGAUGACGGAUAUGCAGCCUACUAUCAAAGCUUUCGUCUCAGAGGCUUGCGUUAGGGAUUUCGUCGUGAUGAUCUGGGAAACAGUCGACGAUAAUGCUGUAUUAUCUAAUGCAGUUAUGCGGCGUUCAUUGCAAUGGUGCAGCUUUUACAGCGCAUUAUGCUGGACAUGCCGCCAUUCUGCUCUGUAUGAUGCGACACUCAGCAUCAAAACAAUAGAACCACUCUCCGCCUUUGGAUGGUUGAAACAUGCAGAUACCAUGAUGGCGCACACUUAUUGGCGCCUGAACUCCGAUGUCAAACGGGACUUUGUCGACAUACCUGCAUGGGAUAUUUUACGGGGAUACUUUUCAAGUCUCGACGCUGUACUUAAGUCGGCUAGCCCGCAGGUAGAGGCCAUGGACGAUCAGUCAAUAACCGUCCGUGAUCCGUCAAAUUGGUCAACGGUUAUGAGUUCUCACGACAGCCCAUUAUCUGUGUCAUUCACGGAGCAGAGUUAUGAUUCAUGCGGUUGCGUUCCAUUGGGAAUCGAUGUCGCACCUGUUGUCUUUGCUGAAAUUUUGCAAUCCCAGCUACAUCUCAAGUCUCUGGGCCUUCUCGAUGCAGUUCCCGUAUCCAAAGUUCAGAGCAUCGGCAUGCUUCUGCGGCAAUUCUGUGACCAUUGGGCAGUUAACAGUGGGCCUAUGAAAUCUAUCCAAGAGCUAUCUGAGCUUGCGAUCGAUGGGUCGCUGCGCAUAACCCUGGGUAUGGACUCUGGGUUUCACAAGGACACCGAUUCUCGGUUUUGGGCCGUCUACCAAAUUGAUUCGACGGGAAUCGAAAUCUUUGUCUCCAAAGAUGCUCGGGAUUUGGAAGGCACUGUACUGCAUACAUUUCUGUCUGCGAAAGGCCAUUCUCGCCAAAUUUGCUUUGAAGCGGAAACUGCUCUAGGAAACUGGUUGGACAACCUCGUUGGCAAUACAAGCCUUCCACGGCGAAUUGUGCAGGAUAUCGACACUCUUAGCCCAGAGGAACGACUUCUCCUACUCCAACACCUAACGGUAACGUAUUCAACAGACGGAAUAUCUGAAGCCAUCUGUACAUACAUUCGUAGACAACUUGUCGAUGCACCAUCUUUUGUCCAGCUGAAGGAGCUCAGCACAAUUGGCUACCUUAACGGCUCUGUUUCUCCUGAAACUCUGGUACGCACCCGGGUGAACUGGUACAAAGAACGACAGUGCCAAUAUUCUUCAACUUCGACAUGCCUCACUUUGUUCAAUGAAGUCGAUGUCACCUUCACUCGAAUUUUGUCUGAACGGCGGGAACAGGACCUCGCUCAUAUCACCAGCUCUUUGUGUGACAUUAUCAAAGAGCAUCAAAUCGAUGCGUACGCUGACAUUAUAGCGCUCUCAUUAUUCUGCGCUGCAAGGAAAUGUGCGUUUGAUGAAAUCUACACGGAAGUAACAGAUCGAAACCCUCUCUUCGGCAUUCAAAACGAUCAGGCCGCCGCUUUUGCGGAGGCGUUUGCCCUUGGGUCGCGCUGCGAAGCCUAUUUUGAUGUCUCGCCCAAUGCUUUCGGAAAGUUGCUAUCAGACCGUUUCAGGUGCCAAUAUUCCAAACGCGAGCUUCCUGACUGGGUCAAUGGUGCUCCGCAGGUAGCUACUGCGUACGCUGGGGCACAGACAGAUGUGGAUCAAAUUGACUGGGUCAGGCCAAUGUCUCUGUAUCAGCGCUUUACGUUUCUCAGUGCAUUUGCUGUUCCCGCCUUGAUUGACAUCCUGCUACUCACCAUCAUCGGUCGAGGAUUGUAUCUCUCCACGUUCAUGACAUAUGAUCAGCAACAAAGUGCAACACUCGCAGUGAUGAUUUCUCUCUUGCUGUCAGGUGCAAUUGGCGGGUGGAUUGCGUGCGGUGGUCCGUACUAUCUCGUCUCUAUGGCUUUUGCUGCGGCGAAUAUGUUCAUCUUGACCCGACUCAUUGCUGGCAUUGCUUUCACAAUUGCAACUGGUCUUGUCGCCUUCAUUGCCAUAUCGGCCGGGAGAGGCGCCGCCGCUGGAAUAAUCUUUUACCUUUACCUCGUCGCGUUGACAACCUAUUUCUCGGUUUUCGCUUCCCUUGCCAGCUUCAGUUAUCCCAAGUCGUCAUUUCUAUCUGGGCGCAAGAUUAUCUUCUACUGUGUUCCGAUCCUAUUCAUUAGUCCGAUCGUCACUACCUUUACGGGCCACGAUGUUGCUAUUUAUCUGGCUACUCUCUACGCUUUUCUCUGGUGUCUGUUACUUGGUCUUCGGACAGUCGCUUCAAAGUGGGUAACCUGGUACCAGAGAAUUCGGAGAACCGAUGACACUGAGGUUCGAAAGUGGUAUAUUUCAACCUACAAAAACAAUGACGAGAAAACACUUAAUGGUUUCAGUGACCCGGCUGUUCUCAAGAUAGCAAGAGAAACACUGCUUAGGGAUGUUUUUGCCGAAAGAGAACGGAGAUCAUCAUCCAAAGCAGAGCUCAGUGGCCUUGUCUUUGAACUUGCGAGAGAUUGGGAAUCGACCAAUUUCUUGCUCGACUGGUAUUGCAGGUACGCUGAUGUUCCGCGGCCUAUUCCUUUCAGUUCAUCCUGGAAUAUUCAGCUCAAUGUUGCACUGGACACACUGCGCAGCUCCCAGAAAGGUCUUCGCCUACACAAUGCCUUCAUUCAUUGGCGUCAAUCAGGCAAGGAGAUUGGAUGUGGGGUCCUAUACUUCGUGAUCGCGCUACUUGAUAAAUGGGUGGAGCUUCUUACUGGUGGCCACCUUGUCGGACUCUCGGCUUCGUUGAGGAACACAUCACGUAUGGCGAUCGGAUUUGGUCUGGCCUAUUAUCUGGUUGGGGCUGUUUUGAUCGACAUUAAAGCCCAGGACCUCGAGGACCUUCUUGGAAAACAGACUCCCAUGGCAGUCAGAACCGCUCAAGACGCACACAUUUCUCGAAAGCGUUAUACCAGGUUCAAAAUAGCCGUGUACUGGAGAACGCUGUUCAAAUUCCUUAUGUGGCAUACCUGGAGUCUCGCUAUCUCGACAGCUCUUGUCUGGACAUUUCAGGAUUCUUUGGAGGCAACGAUAAUGUUCCUUCUAUAUGUGCUCGCGUACACCGGUCUACUCUGGUACCAGUACACCAAGAUAUUUUCUGGCCCCCAUGCCCUAAAGCCGCUUCUAGCCGGUGUUAUUGUGGGGUUGCCCAUUGGUAUCGCAUUGAAACAGUGUCUGCCUUCAUUUCAGUAUCCCCAGGUGAUUGGACUUGCAGCCGCGACCUGGACUGCUGCGCUUCUUUCACUGUUCACGGCAAAGUUAGGGAUGCCUAGGAUAAUCGACUCACUCGAAAAUCCCGGCGUGGCAUUUCAUGCGUACACUACGCCUUGGGAUUAUCCCGAAUGGUCGCAAGAGGAGCUACAUGCCUUUUGGCAAAAAUCAUUGCAGAUAUCGCCCCACUCUCGCCUGAAGCUAGCGCCCAAAGCUCAUCCGGGAUUUGAAGUCAAGGAUAUCAUGACCUCCCGCAUAGAAAAGCUAAAGACAGAGGAAGCAUUCCCCAACGCCGACGCACUCGUGAGAGUGGCCGUAGAGGGAUGGGAAGAAGGGAUGAUCACAAUUGAGCUAGUUCCUUCAGGGUCACUUAGUCCUGGUAUCCGAGCUCUUAGUUGCCAUACCGCAAACCAGCUGCAUCUUGUCAUUAGUGUUGGACGAGGACUGAAGAAACAUAUUGACGUCCAUGCCAACUGCCAGAUCAUCGCUGAGACUCUGCUACACGCAGUGUCAGAAGCAUUUAUGGGAAUGCCACAUGAGCAUGCAGUACUCACCGGAUCACUUAUUACAGACGGAAUGACAGAAACAACGAGACAGCAACUUCAUGAGGAAUUAAAUACGGCAACCGUUGUGCGCUGGGCUAGGAAGGAGCUAUUGCGGCAGUUGUGCCUGGGGUUUGACUGUGAUACCCAGUGGGAGCAAUUACCGAAACAGAUCCGAAUCAUGCUGUUAGAUCGUUGUCUGGGCCGGCCAGGUCGGUUAUCAGUCGACCAGGCAGAGUGGCUUCAAGAGAGAUUGUGCCUUUCCGACAUCAAAACGUUAGACGUCCACGUUGCUCGCUGCAAUCUUGGUGUAGCCACCGUCGCCAGGAUACUUGGCUAUCCGCAUCAUGGGACUGGCGGAGCCUUGAUCAAAGAGCCAGAGCGUGCGGCAUACAUUCCGCGUCCUCCAAUCACAUGUGGUAUGGUUGCUCGUCUUUUGAAAGCGCCGUUUAGUUACUUUUAUCAUGCUCUUGGUUCCCUCAGUAAAUUCGUUAUUGUCGCUCUCGUCGCCGAUGCAGAGUUCCAGCGUGAAUUGGACCAUGUCAUGAAGCACUAUACUGCAGUUUACCGCGUUCCUGUCAAACUUAUACUGAACUUGAUCUGGUGCUAUGCCAAAAUCGUGCAAGACACCUUCAUGGUCUUCUUCCUGUUCCAUGGUCGUGACGAUGUCAAGCGUCUGUGGGACGAAACGAAAGGAUUGACAAUCGGAAUCAAAAAAGCCAGUGUCAUGGUCCAAGGCCUUGACGGAACCUUCACUGCCUUCUGGCACGUCGGGGAAGAUAACCACUUCAAAGUCUACUACUACACAGGAGAGCACAAAACCGAACCGGACGAUUCAACGCUCUUGAAAUACGUCUGUACAUACUCCAACGAUCUUCUUCUCCAUAUCAGACAGGAGCUGAGUUGUGGUCAAUUGGUCAAUGAAUAUCACUACGACUAUCACAUACCGACAAGAACCUCGAGAUUAAAGAAGAGUUUUACAGUGAAGGUCCCACUAUCCCGACGUUGCGUGAACGGAGAGCAUGCGUCACAACGUGUCCAAUACAAUCGCAACGGCCUUAUUAGCUCUGGAUCCUACAUUAGGAACGGGAGUCUUGUGCGCUUCCAAUUCCGUUACCGCAAGAAUCCCCAUUUUGGGGAUGAAUUGCUUCGUGCUGAAUUCUCUUUCCCUCAUACUAGCUGCUCGAUCUCCUGGUGUGCACCGCCUCUUCGUCGCUCAGAAAAGUCCGAUCGAUGGAUCCCUCAUGCCAAAGUCACGAGGGCAACGUUUGUGCAAGGCUCCGAUGUCUACGAGAGCCGUUGGUUAUACGACCACAAAUUCAACCCGGCCAUAUUCACGACUCUCAAUGGGGAGAAUGUGAAGACGCCAGCUUUCAUUGAAUAUGACCAUUUUGGGAUACUCACCAAGCCGAAACACACCAGCUUUGUACGCGACAAUCCACUCCUCUACUGUGAUAGUCUAACUACCAAUAUGUUCCAACGGUUCCUGGGACUUACCACGAGACGCUUUCCUGCCUCGACUUCGCGCGCGCGUUCUCUGAUGUGGAAGGCAUGGAAAGACCACGUUGAUUUCGACGGCGUAACCGUCCGCUGGAUGGAUGAUCGCUUGCUACGUCGUGAUAGAACUCUCGCUCCGUACUGGCGCCGUCGUGAUUAUGGCGAACUUGUCUCAGCGGAGACGUAUCUGACCCAGCACGCUGAUACCAUCAUGGCCAGCGCGGAUCUCAACGACAAUGUAUCCAGCUGGACCUCACUCGCUGUAAAAAUCAGCGACCUGUUCAACUUUGGUCCUGGGGGUGACGCUGUGAUCAAUACCAGGACCAAGGAAUUUGGGUCUGAUACGGAGAGCACACUUCAUGUUAUGGCCGCUGAUACUGGAACUUGGCCUAAUGAAGGUGGUGGUGUUUCUGCAUGCCGACGUGACAUAGUCAACCAUUUACGGACUGUCAAGUGGCAUAUGAUCUGCGAGUCGGCAAAUGACUUUGGUAUUCCCAAGCAUCAGACUGAGCACAAUGUCCAGUCAUUGAAGAUUAUUCCACUGUGGGGGUUGGAUUUCCUCACGCCAACGCAUGGUCUGCUUAGGAAUAAGUUGGAUUCCGAGGUUGACGACGUGACAUCUGCCAAUGAGCUCGACAUCAAACAGAACUUCGUCCCGAUUCUGGCAACGCUGUUGAAGAGUUCUCGUGCUGUCAAUCUUACAAGGGCUGACAUUAGACAAUCUACUCGAGCACUCGUGAAUCUCAAUACAUACUUCCAAGGCUCCAGACAUUGGACACAAGUCUGGAAUAGCGACAUCGUGAAGAAAAGCUGGGGCGAGCUCUGGUUCUCCCAAACAAUGCCCAACACCGUCCCAACCUCCUCAUGGUUCCAAACAGAACUCCCAACACUAGCAUCCCUCGACGUCGCUCUCGAACUCUGGUACCGCUACCUCUUCAUCUUCUCAAUCCCCGUCCCCGAAAAAGUCCCCGACGUCUUCCAAGCCUCGCACCACAGCGUAAGCGCCUCCUACGGCGUCGUCUGCAAAAUGAAGCGCGGCUGCACCCUCCAAAUCUGGGACCACGCCAUCUCCUGGCGCGAAGUCAACAUCAGCCUCUCCUCCGCCCUCUCCAAGCUGCCCCCGUUCGUCAGAAACGCUCUCCUGGGCCUCAUGCGCAUAACCUCCGUCCUCGUCCUGCACCACGCGGACAUCCUAACACCCUGCACGGACUUCUUCAAUCCAGACUGGGAAGUCGAAAUCGGAACCGCGCAAGGCACAAUCCAACACCGGAACAUCUUCCGCAGAAAAUUAGACCCCGUCGUCAACGGCAUCAUCGAUAUGCAGAAAUUCGCCCCCGUCAAGGAAAUAAAAUCCCAGCAUCCAACAGUCACAAUGCUCUCACACGUCUGGUACGCAAAGGAUAUAAAAACCGCGCUCCUCGCCGCAGACAUCAUAAUCAACCACUGGCACUUCACCGACUACAAACUCGACAUCUAUGGCGCAAUCGACAGAUCCCCAAUGUACACGACCGAAUGUCAAGAGAUCAUUGCCUCAAAGGGUCUUCGCGGGAAAGUCACGCUCCGCGGUACCACAGAUUCAUUGGAAGUCUUAGAAAGAACAUGGCUCUUCCUCAACUCCUCCCUAUCAGAAGGUCUACCUCUCGCAUUAGGUGAAGCCGCGUUAACCGGUGCACCAGUCGUAUGCACAGACGUCGGCGCUUCACUCCGCGUCCUCAGCGAUCCAGAUGAUUCCUCGCGCUACAGCGCCGUAGUUGCACCGAAUGACGCUCUCGCACUCGCACGUGCCCAAAUCUCCAUGCUCGCGAUGCUCGGUGAAUGGAGCCAGUAUGCUGAUGAUCCCGAUGAUAUACCAGCGCCUAUUCUCACCUCCAACCCUACCGCUGAGGACGUUGAAAGAAUCACACGGCGGAUGUACGAGAAGACUCCUCAGCGGAGGAAACUGGGCAUGAUGACUAGGGCUAUUGUGCAGAAGUCGUUUAGUGGGGAGCGGUGUUUGAGGGAGCAUGAGCAGAUACUUUGGGUUGGGAAGGCGAUGAAGGUUAUGAGGAGUCGGUCUGGGAAUGAGGCCGAGAAAUGGGAAUCGGGGUGGAAUUGUGGGCCGGGGGGGCAUGAGUUUUCGCGUACGGCUUCUGGGAAUGUUUAUGAUUGA